AAAGUAACCGACUCUUCCUCUUCUCAUUAUUGUUAAAGCUGAAGCCACAAAUUCUAGCCUGACGGCCUGACGAGAGAAGAAGAAUGGUUGUACCAAAUAGGAAAAAGCUCUCAUCCUCCUCACCGGACCGAGAUUUUGGUUUUGAUUUUCGUGCGAUUUUGAUGCUGGGAGUCUAGCUUGGUAGAAUUAUUUGUUCAUUCUAUAAAAGGCGCGUGGCUUUUCGAUUGAUAGUUGAUACUCGUUUUGAGUAUGAAACUGAUUCUCUAUAGUCCGAAACGACUGAUUCAAGUUUCCAUGGAUGAUUUGUUUGAUUCCUCUUUAAUGCUCAUUCACUGUGGAUCAAUAUGAUACGAGCUCCGAGCUCGCUCGUUCGGGUGAUGACUGAUGAACCACAUUGGGCGGAGAAUAUGAAAUAGUGAUACGCGAAACGCUCCGUUUCGUAAGGCUCGUAACUUUAAAACCCAGCCCACAUGUUUGGACUUGAGCCCACCCAUUGAACUAUCGGCCCGAAGCAUUAAGGCCUUCUUUGUUCUAUUACGGUUACGAUAAAUACCGAACACCGGAAUUUCGACGGCUCUCUCCGACGUGACAGAAGACGACGAUGGAGAAGUGGAGAACUACUUGUCGUAUCCUCCGAUACUCGUCGAGGUCAUUCUUUAAUUUUCGAUCAAACUCUAACUAUGAGAAGUGUGCGUACCACUCUUAUUCAGCAGGUCUUGAGCAUCGAUGUGAUGGAAUCUACGAAGAAUUCAAGCCGUAUUUCAUGCGUCAAAAGCAAACUGUACAUUCCUGUCUCAGUUCCUUAAAUUCCACGGAAAUAGGUUUUAAACAGGCUUCCGUGAUGCAAUACAGAAGUUUCGGUUCAGUUUCUACGAACAUUCAGAGAAAUUCAUUAUUUGCAAAUUUGAAUUCGGAUGAUAUAAGUUACUUUAAGGAGAUAUUAGGCGAGAAGAAUGUCAUUCAGGACGAAGAAAGGCUGCUUAGUGCCAACACUGAUUGGAUGCAUAAAUACGCAGGCUCGAGUAGGUUGAUGCUUCAACCUAGGACCACCGAUGAGGUAUCCCAGAUUCUCCAAUAUUGUAAUUCCAGGUGCUUGGCCGUUGUUCCUCAAGGUGGAAAUACUGGUCUUGUUGGUGGAAGUGUGCCUGUUUUUGAUGAGGUGAUUAUCAAUAUGGGCUUGAUGAAUAACAUCAUAGCAUUUGACCAGGUCAAUGGUAUACUGGUAUGUGAAGCAGGAUGCAUAUUGGAAAAUCUGGGUUCCUUUCUCGAUAAUGAAGGAUUUAUUAUGCCACUGGACUUAGGUGCAAAAGGAAGCUGCCAAAUUGGUGGAAAUGUUUCAACAAAUGCUGGUGGUUUGCGCCUUGUUCGUUAUGGUUCACUCCAUGGGAGCGUACUUGGCCUUGAGGCUGUCCUAGCUAAUGGGACUGUGCUUGACAUGCUGGGGACUUUACGUAAAGAUAAUACCGGCUAUGACUUAAAGCAUUUGUUCAUAGGAAGUGAAGGAUCACUCGGAAUUGUGACCAAAGUAUCUAUUCUUACCCCUCCAAAGCUAUCGUCAGUAAAUGUAGCUUUCCUUGCAUGCCAAGAUUAUUUAAGCUGCCAGAAACUUCUAACAGAAGCAAAGAGGAAAGUUGGAGAGAUUCUAUCCGCAUUUGAAUUUUUGGAUAUUGAGGCGAUGGAUUUGGUUUUACAUCAGUUAGAGGGUGUCAGGAAUCCACUACCUCCCUUAUUGCACAAGUUUUAUGUUCUGAUUGAGACAACAGGCAGUGAUGAAUCUAAUGACAAGGAGAAACUAGAGGCCUUCCUACUCCGUUCAAUGGAAGCUGGUUUAAUUUCUGAUGGUGUUAUUGCACAAGACAUUAAUCAAGCAUCAGCUUUCUGGCGUAUACGUGAGGGCUUACCAGAAGCCUUGAUGAAAGCUGGGGCUGUGUACAAGUAUGAUCUGUCAUUACCUGUUGAAAAGAUGUACAAUCUUGUAGAGGAAAUGCGAAAAAGACUCGGUGACUCAGCUAGAGUAGUGGGAUAUGGGCAUCUUGGAGAUGGCAAUUUGCAUCUUAAUGUGUCAACUAAAGAAUAUGAUGAUAAGAUUUUUGCACAAAUUGAGCCAUAUGUCUACGAAUGGACAUCAAAGCACCGCGGAAGUAUCAGUGCAGAGCAUGGCCUGGGAUUGAUGAAAGCCAACAAAAUCUACUACAGCAAAACACCCGAAACUGUGCAAUUGAUGGCCUCGAUCAAAAAGUUGCUCGACCCCAAUGGAAUUAUUAACCCAUAUAAGGUUCUCCCACAAUCCCCCAAUUAAUUAAGCAACUAAGAUAAGUCCUAUGAAGAACAAGUGAGACGUAAAUAAGCAAGGUGCAGAUGUAUCUUAUUUUAUGGAUUUUGAAACGGCUGCCUGCAUAUAAAUAUGGUUUAGGUUCUCUCAAGAACUGAAUGUUUUAUGGGUCAUUAAAAAAUUUGAGCUGAACUGAGUUGAGAAAGUUUGUGGUGGACAAUAUUACUAUGGACCCAUUUGGAAAUUUGAGGACUC